AUGUCGGCUCAUUUAAUCGCCCGCAUCGAUGUCUUUCAAGUCGACCUCCCUUAUUCAGGAGGAGUCUAUGUGCUAUCUGGCGGACGAGAAUACCGCAGCUUUGACGCCACUAUUGUCCGCGUGACCACACAGAACGGUAUUGAGGGUUGCGGUGAGAGCACUCCAUUUGGGUCCACAUACGUUGCUGCUCAUGCACUGGGUGUCCGAGCUGGGGUUGCUGAAAUCGCACCUAAGCUGAUCGGGCUUGACCCGCGGAUGGUCGAUCGCAUCAACGAGGCAAUGGACCAUGCCCUGGUUGGCCAUGAGCACGUCAAGUCCGCUAUAGAUGUUGCCUGCUGGGAUAUAUUUGGCAAGUCGGUCGGAAUGCCAGUGUGCGAUCUUCUAGGCGGUCGAACUGCUGUGAAGCUCCCUAUUAUCUCGUCUAUAUACGCAGCUAGAAUCGCGGCAUCGCUAGCCGAUAAGCAACCCGGCGAGUUCUUCAUUGUUGAUGCCAACGGCGGACUCACAGUUGAGGUUGCCCUACGCAUGCUGAUAUUACUCCCCGACCGACUGGACUUUGUACUACAAGCCCCCUGUGCCACAUGGCGCGAGUGUCUCUCCCUUCGCCGCAGAACCAAUGUUCCAAUCCACUUUGACGAGCUCGCGACAAGUGAUGCAUCGAUCGUUCAGAUUGUUGCUGCUGACGCCGUGGAGGGGAUCAGUCUGAAGAUUUCAAAGAACGGUGGGCUAACCAAAUGCCGCCGUCAGCGAGAUAUAUGUCUUGCAGCUGGAUAUACGUUCAGUGUCCAAGACACAGUCGGCUCAGACAUUACUUUCGCCGCCCUUGUUCACCUCGGCCAAACCGUUCCAGAGAGAAAUUUGCGAUGCAUUCUUGAAACCCGUGAUAUGGUUGCAUGCAAGACAGCGGAUGGCCCAUUCGAAGUUAUCGAUGGCCAUGUCACUGCACCGAGUUUGCCUGGUUUGGGGAUUUCGCCCCGCCUUGAUGUAUUGGGGCAACCUGUAGCAAGUUAUUACUGA